AUGACAAGAGUUAAGACAGUGAUGACUAAUGAAAACAAUAAAUAUGAUUUCAUAUUUAAAGGGAUUAAUUUAACAAAAUCAAUAUUUAUAGUUGGUUUAGUAAUUAGAUUAGUUUUAAUUGUUUUCGCUGAAUGGCAAGAUGCAAAUAUGUUAGUAAAAUAUACAGAUAUUGAUUAUGUAGUAUAUACAGAUGCAUCAAGAGCUGUUGUAAAUGGUUUAUCACCAUAUGAUAGAUCAACAUAUAGAUAUACACCAUUAUUGGCUUAUUUAUUAGUUCCAAAUAUUUUAAUUCAUCCAGCAUUUGGUAAAUUAUUAUUUGUAAUUUGUGAUAUGAUCAUUGCAUAUCUUUUAAAAGGUAUUCUUUUAGAAAGAUUUCCAAAGAUCACAUCAAGAACAUUAUUGAUUUGUUUAGCAUCAUGGUUAUUAAAUCCAUUCUCAAUCAAUGUAUCAACAAGAGGUAAUGCUGAAUCUGUUAUUGGUGCAAUGGUUUUAGCAUCUUUUUAUUUCUUAACAAAAAAGAAUUUAACUUUAGCUUCAAUUUUUUAUGGACUUUCAGUACAUUUUAAAAUUUAUCCAAUCAUUUAUUCAAUUCCAAUGUAUUUAUACAUUGAUGAAAACUUUUUCUCAAGAAAACCAUCAGAAUAUACAUCACUCAAUAAUAACUUUAAAAAUAUUUUCAAAAACUUUUUUAAUAAGAAUAGAUUAAAAUUUUUCUUAAUUUCUGCAUUUACAUUUAUUUCAUUAACUUUUAUAAUGUAUUUAAUAUAUGGUUAUAUAUUUUUAUUUGAAACUUAUUUAUAUCAUGUAAUUAGGGCAGAUAAUAGACAUAAUUUUUCAGUUUAUUUUUAUCAAAUUUAUUUGAAUACGCCAAUUGUUGAAACAGUAGGUGAUUUAGUUGGUAAGGUUAAUGGAAGUAAUAUGAUUGUUGCAUUGGCAUCAUUUUUACCACAAGUUAUAUUAUUAUUAGCAAUUACAUUGGUUUAUUUCAAUGAUUUAGAAUUUUGUUUAUUAUUAGAGACAAUUACAUUUGUGGCUUUCAAUAAAGUUUGUACCGUUCAAUAUUUCAUUUGGUAUUAUUCAAUCUUACCAUUAGUUAUACCAAGUAGUAGUUUAGGAUUAGUUCAAUACAUUAUUCUAUUUGCAGUUUGGAUGGGUUCACAAGGUUUAUGGUUUUAUUCUGCUUUUAAUUUAGAAUUUUUAGGUUUACAAACUUUUUGGAAUAUUUGGGUAGCUGGUUUAUUAUUUUUCAUUGCAAAUAUUUAUAUUUUAGUAAAAUUAAUUUUAAAUCAUAAUCCAAUUAAAGUUAAUCAAUAUUUAAAAUCAAAAUAA